AUGUUUAAGCCUGAUCAGUCUUAUAACAAGUGGUUGCAAAAUCUUCCUCACUUUCCUCACCACCGGCAGCUGCAACCUCAGAGCCCCUACACGGCCAAGGCCAGUCAGGAACAGGCCUCAGCUGCGCCUCCAGAGCCAGCCGCCCAUGAUGCUGCCCCAGCCAGGACUCUCCUGUGCAGCCCUGAAGGGGCUGGAGCUGCCCACACAGCAGGUGUGCAGGAACCUGGGGCUCCAGGUGCUGGAGCUCAGGCUGGUCCUGGUGGGGACAGUUGGGGCAACACCAUCAAGGAAGAGGGAAUCAACUCUGCCCAGAUCCCAGAGAAGUUGCCUAAGAAGACUCCAAAGACACUGAGCUGUGAGUUCUGUGGGAAACGUUUCACCGACAGCAGCAACCUGACUGUGCACCGGCGCUCACACACCGGGGAGCGGCCCUAUUCCUGCGACCUCUGCUCCUUUGCCUGUGCCCAGAGGAGCAAGCUUAGCCGCCACCGCAGCAUACACGGUCCUGGGCCCGGCGGUGCCUGCUUUGAGUGCCCCCACUGCCGUGUGCCCUUCCGCCUGCGGGCCACCCUGGAAAGACACCUGUGGCAGAAGCACAGAAUGCCCUUCCCCCCCUGCUGUCCCUGA